GAAGGCAAGCGGCCACUGCCUCAGGACUAACAGCAAAAAAUGACGAACCCAAAACCCAUAACAUAAGAACAAAUGGCUACCAUGCUUCCUUCAAAUCUAUCCACAAUUCUCAGGCAUUUACAAACAACUUCUAUAUAAACACUGCCCCGGCACUUGCUAACUCCUCUUUGUCCUUUUUCACACUCUCAAACUCACUAAAGCCUCUUUCUUUUUGCUAGAAAGAGGCUUGCACAAUUUCAGAUUGGUAUUUGGAAUUCCUGUCUUCUUCUCAAAAUGGCUUGCAGAAUUGCGGAUUCUGUUUUCCUCUUCAUGGGUCCGCAAUUAAAGCCAAUUCGGAGUCAGAAGAUUGUUACCCAUAAUUCUCUAGGCAUCCAUCACUUAACUUGGGACAGGCUUCUUUUGAAGGGGGAGAAACAGAAAAGUUGUCUGUUUUACUUAAAAAAAACUAAACCCAUACAAGCUGUGGCCACUCCAGUUGCACGAUCUUCAGCAGAUAGUGCUGAAUAUAGGAAACAGUUAGCAGAAAGUUAUGGCUUCAGGCAAAUUGGAGAACCACUUCCAGGAAAUGUUACGUUAAAGUAUAUUAUUGAUACUCUGCCGAAAAAGGUGUUUGAGAUUGACGAUGUGAAAGCGUGGAAGACAGUUUUAAUAUCAGUCGCUUCCUAUGCACUAGGGCUCUUUAUGAUUUCAAAGGCCCCAUGGUAUCUACUUCCUCUUGCUUGGGCAUGGACAGGCACUGCAAUCACCGGGUUCUUUGUUAUAGGCCAUGAUUGUGCUCACAAGUCAUUUUCAAAGAACAAAUUAGUGGAAGACAUUGUGGGAACUCUGGCCUUUAUGCCUUUAAUAUACCCAUAUGAGCCAUGGAGAUUUAAGCAUGAUAGGCAUCAUGCAAAAACAAACAUGUUGGCUGAGGAUACAGCUUGGCAUCCUGUUUGGAAAGAGGAAUUUGAUUCAGCUCCUUUAUUGCGCAAGGCAAUUAUAUAUGGAUAUGGACCGUUUAGGCCUUGGAUGUCUAUAGCUCACUGGUUGAUAUGGCAUUUCGACAUAAAAAAGUUCAGACCCAAUGAAGUUAAAAGGGUGAAGAUAAGUCUAGCAUGUGUCUUUGCAUUUAUGGCGAUUGGAUGGCCAUUGAUUGUCUACAAAACAGGGAUCAUGGGAUGGAUCAAGUUCUGGUUGAUGCCAUGGUUGGGCUAUCACUUUUGGAUGAGUACUUUCACAAUGGUGCAUCAUACAGCUCCUCAUAUUCCUUUUAAAUCUUCGGAUGAGUGGAAUGCAGCACAAGCCCAGCUAAAUGGAACAGUUCAUUGUGAUUAUCCUCGUUGGAUUGAGAUCCUCUGUCAUAAUAUCAAUGUCCACAUACCCCACCACAUCUCUUCAAGGAUACCAAGCUAUAAUCUACCAGAAGCUCAUAUAUCUAUUCAAGAGAAGUGGGGAAAGUAUCUAAAUGAGGCUACGUGGAAUUGGCGAUUGAUGAAGACGAUAAUGACAGUGUGUCAUGUUUAUGAUAAGGAGGAAAAUUACAUUGCUUUUGAUAAGCUUGCACCUGAAGAGUCUCAACCAGUCGCAUUUCUGAAAAGAGUAAUGCCUGAUUAUGCUUGAAUUUAUGUGACUCACUUGGGUCCACACCUUUUUCUUUCCUUCUUAUCCAUUAUUAUCCUUUUUCCCUUUAGAUCAAAUUAGGUUUGCAAUUGCAAUUUUUUACAUGUACUUGCUGUUAUUGAAUUAUUCUUUUUUGACAACAUUUCUGAUAGAAAGAAAGACAAUAAUCUGAAUGAAGCUUCCUUGGAAGUUCACUCCA